GUAAAUCCGAAAUUAUUGGAGCCGGGACCGCGGCGCUCUCAUCGCGGCGUCGUGCGUCCGGCGGAGGUCCGCUUCAAGUUCAGGCAAAAGCGGCUCAGGAGGAGGCAGGAGGAGGCGGGAGGAGGUGGGAGGAGGCAGGAGGAGGAAGGAGGAGGCGCUCAGAGGAUGCGUCCCAUAGCGGCAUGCCCCCGGAUCGCCAAACAAAAGAGAGGAGAAAGAAAAGUGUCCGGAUUCUCUUUCAGCACUGGACAGCUCCAACGCAUUUCAGCACUAGACAGCUCCCACCCACCCACCCCCCAACCCCCCGGAUCUUCAGAGGGCCGUCACAGAGCGCACGUAGAAGUCCCCGAGAACCCAGCAGCAGCCUGCAGGGAAAGGGCUGCACACUCUCAAAAACCGCGCAGGGAACCAGAAUUAAGCGCUUCAAGCGAGGGGAUCGAAGAAGAGGAGAGAGGAAGGGAGAGAUUGAGAUCUUCAGCAGACUGCGUCCAGCAUCUCGCCAACUGGAGGACGAUGUCUAGUAAAGCGACUUUAGCAUUACUCAUCUAUGGGAUCAUAAUGCAUUACAGCGUCCACUGCUCACCUGUGGGGCUUAGCUUUCCAAGUCUUAGUGGGGUUUAUGACGAGGAUGGCAAUACUUUACCCUCCCUGGAUUUUGACGGGGACCAGAUGGAGGUGAGGAGCCCCCAGUCGAUGGCGGACGACGUCUUCAGUUUGUUCUACCCACCGGAGAAAAGAACGGAAAGGCAUGCAGACGGCAUGUUUAAUAAAGCCUACAGGAAAGCGCUGGGUCAGUUAUCAGCAAGGAAAUACCUUCAUUCUCUGAUGGCAAAGCGUGUAGGGGGCGGGAAAACGUUGGACAACAGCUCGGAGACCCUGUCCAAGCGCCACUCGGACGGGAUCUUCACGGACAGCUACAGCCGCUACCGGAAGCAAAUGGCCGUCAAGAAAUACCUGGCGGCGGUCCUGGGGAAAAGGUAUAGACAGAGAAUUAGAAACAAAGGACGGCGGCAGGCCUAUUUGUAGCAUCCUCCACUCCCCCCCCCCCCCCCCUCCCCCCUCAACCCCCAAAAAAGAAAAAAAAAUGUGUGUGCAGCCCCCAGAUGAAGUCAUUUCGAGAUCUGACCAAUCAGUGGAUUGCUUUUGUGUUCUCACACAUGUAUUUCUGUAAGCGUUAGCCAUCCGGUUCAUAUUUUUUGAUAACAGUAUUGUUUUUUUUGGUGUUUUUUUUUUGUACUUAAAGCACUUGAGGAUGCACAUAUCAUCUUUGUGGACCGACAUUUUGAUUCAGUUUUUUCAUUAUUCGGUAGACGUCGCCUCUCUUUACGCAUUUAAUUUAAUCUUUUCUUUGAAGGCUUUAUUGAGAUGUUUGAGAAUGUGAUCUGCUUCAAAGAACCCUGUCUUUUAAACAUUUAAUGAAGGGGUAUAAUUGAGAAAGGAAAUAAAUAGUUUAAAAGACAAUCAAUGCAUUAAAAUGCUGCUUUUUUUGUAAAAGUGAUAUUAAGAGUUUAGUUGUCUUUAUUCACAACAGCCUGGAAGACUUAGGUUUUCACCAAAUCCUCCAAGAGAUAAACUUUGACGCCCUCCCGGACGGGGAAGAGUUUGAAGCUUUUUUGGGAGACUGGCUGAAACAGUUUUCUCCCGAAUUUGGG